UUUUCCGUGAAGCAUUCAAGCAGGUCGUACCCGUACGUGCGUACCCGUAUAAACAAGUGUGCUGUGUCUUCUUCACCUGAUAUAACAGUAUGUGUCAAUGAAGUGCCAGGAUCGUUGGUUUGAGACCUGAUAACGCGUUUCACAAUACUACUACCUAUGAGUAAUAGUGACAAGUUUAAAAACAUCGCGCAACCCAGUCGUGUCGAACAAUUCCAGUAUGCAGUUUGUCGUGAAAGCCAGUGUCAGCCUUUGUGGGCUUGUUGCUCUUGAUAUCGAAUAGUCCUGCCCAAGGCUUUCAACUGACCAAUUUCAAUCUGUAUCAGAACGACAAUGUGACGGACCUCAAGAAUACAUUGAUUUCACCAAUCCGGACGAUUAUCACAAAAUCCGAUUGAAAUACUCGUUAAGCAAUGGGGAAGAUUCAAGUCAUUGAGCAUCGCUUUGGGGGACGUGGAAGUGUUUCGGUUGGUGGGAGACCGAACACCCAUUUUGAAAGAGCCAUUCAACGAAGAUUCUAUUCGCUUCUUACGGGAGGAUAGUAAAUCCUUGUUUGAUAUCGAUAUCCUGAAACCUACGGUGGAUUUCGAAGGAAUAUAUGACGUUGAAGUGAAGACCACUUUAAAUGGACAAGAGGAGGCGUUCACCGAAUCCAAGGAGAUACUUAUGCAAUACCGAUGCUCAGAGUUUGUUUCUAGCGUGGACACGAGCGAGCCUAAUUGUCUCAUUCAGAUUACUCUAGGAUGCAAAGAGCGACUCUAUCCCAAGUUUUGGAAGAAAGAGGCGUUUGUUUGGUCCACCGAGAAAAACGAAUUCCGAGUUGAUUUCACGAAUUGGAAACAAGGUCAAAUAUUCGCGGAUGGGACCUAUUCUUACUAUUUGGAAGAUAAGUACGAAAUCACUCCUGAAUCUCCGUUUGGCUUGUCGGUCAAUAGUACUUUCUCAUUCGGAGCAUUCCAGAAUAUGUCUUUCUCGACAGACAGCACGGCUACUUUCCAGGCCUUUGAUUUCGAUGGUUGUCCGUCAUAUGCGAACAUCUGUCAAUCUCCCCCGGGCGAAUUGGCAUGUGAACAAGAAAAUGGCCAAGAACCCAGAAUCAAAUGUCGAAAUUACGUUGUGUCCAGCAGUACCAACGAAAAAGCCAAGCUGAUAUUUGAGUGCCCCGAGGAUUGCGCUCUUCAAUUGGAAGGUCAAGUGAUUUCCGAGCCGACGUUGGUUUAUGAAUGUGACGAGCCGGCCCAUCUAUGGAGGAACUCGUCGGGUCAAUCGCUGCCCACGAGUUUGCCAACUUGCGACUGUCCAGAGCGGGGAGGCGGGCAUCUUUCCUCCAACUCAGAAGUUUUAUCGUAUGGCCUGCCUUUGAUCAUUGGGUUGACCAAUUUUCUUCAGAAACAAUAAAGACAUAAUAGGUUAUGUGCUUGUCUGUAGGAACAUGUUUGAUAAUAAAAUAGACCCCAUGAUUGGCUUA